ACAAUUGUUAACACCGCGUGUUGCCCGGUGUACCCAACUAAUACAGCGACGGUCGAGCUGCAGUGUAGUUGGCAUACCUUUUCUGUUAUUGCCGACUUUACAUCGUCUCGUUUGCUAUUUCAUUGAGGGGAAAUCAUAACAAUAAUAAAACAAGUAGAAGGAAGAAUUGUAAAUAGAAAUUGUACAAACGGCCAUUGGAAAAUUAGCCAAGCAGUUGAUUGCUAUUUCGAUAGUAAAACUUUAAAAGUAGUUAGAAGAAUUUAAUCAAGUGAAAUUUGUGAAUUUGGAGUAGUGCGAUUUCGGAUAGUAAAAUUUGAAGGUUCCCAAAUCGGCGAAACCGGUAUCCUUUCUGCCCGACGGUGUCCUAGAAGAGAGAAGUUUUUUGAAUAAUAUACUCUGUGGAAUAGCCAGGCAAAAGAAAGCGAUAAGGUGAAGAGCACGCAGGAAGGAAAGAUCAGCUCUACGGAAGUGGUUAUAGCUCGCAGAAAGGAAAACCAAAUAUUGUGAGUAAUUUGUAAAAUGAGAUUGUGAAAAGUAACUAAUAAACAACUAUUUGUAGUUUGAGCUGCCGCAAAUAAACGUGUUGCUUCAAGAAGUGGUUCUAGUCCGAACAAACUCAAAAAUAUUUGACAUCGGAUUAACCUUUAAAGCGCUAUGGCCGAUCCAAACGCGAAAGAUCUGGACUUCACCGAAACUCCGUGUGCAGCUUGCGAUGACGUGUCCACCGAAAAUGAGCGGAUGAUAGGGUGUGACGGCUGUCAGCAGUGGUUCCACAUCCGGUGCGUCGGAAUAUCGUCCGAUGCGGAGUUAGAGAAAAAGUGGUUCUGCGCCAAUGACAAGUGUCAACAAACCAAGAAGAAGAAGAAGACGAAUCGCGCCAAGAAAAACGGUGACGAUUCGGACCGCUCCAGCAUCAAAUCCGAUGCAGCGCUCACUCUAGAGCAAAAACUGAAAGCGAUGGAGGAAGGCCAAAAGCGAAUGGAGCAGGAGCUGGAAGCGGAAAUGACGUUGAAGCGGAAAGAACAGGAGAUUAGGCAGUCCAUGGAAAGGAAGCGGAUGAUGCUGGAGAAACAAAUGCGCGACGAAGAAGAGGAACAAGAGCAACUGCUUCAAGAAGAAAUUCUACGGGAGCGGAAGUUGCAAUUAGAGCGUAUGAGGACCAGGCAGCAGUCGUUCGAGGCCAGCAUGAAGUGUCUGGAUAACGAAAUGGCCAAGCUGAAAACUUCAUCGGAAAAGAAAAAAGUGGAGCGUGAUGCCGAUGUAGGUGAAGGAGUGUCCGGAGUCAAUCGGACACCGUUACGAAAUCCGGAGGUCGGUAGGCUGACGGAGCAAAACUUGAAAAGGUUGAAGAAUGUCAAAGUUGGCGCGUUCGAGGAAGGUUCCGAAACCGAUGAUGGCGAUGAUGAAACCGAUUCCGAUGAUCACUCAGAAGAAGACAGCAGUGAAUCUGAUGAAGAAUCCAAUGCUUUGACGACCAGGAAAAGGACAGAGCUGAGCGGCAAGGGUAAGCACACUACCGAUAAUCUAAGUCAUCACGGGCUGGGGCAGCCCCGAAUUGGACCGACUGCCAGAAGCGGUAUAAGUAAAAAGCUACCCAUCUUCUCUGGAAAACCAGAAGAAUGGCCGCUAUUCUACGGGACAUAUCAAGCGUCGAAUGAAGCCUGCGGUUACACCGACGUAGAGAAUCUCGUACGUCUACAAGAAUGCUUGAAGGGACCAGCCCUGGAAAUGGUUCGAGGACAGUUACUUCUUCCGAAAUCAGUCCCAAAAGUUAUCGUGAAGUUGCGUCAGCUGUACGGCCGACCGGAACAGCUUUUGCAGAGCCACUUGGAGAAGGUACGCCGAUUGGAACCCCCAAAGGCAGGGAAGCUAGCCAGCUUCAUACCGUUCGGCACAGCUGUGGAACAACUUUGCGAACACCUAGAAGCUGCCGAUCUAAAGCAGCACUUAGUGAAUCCACUGCUGAUACAAGACCUCGUGGAGAAAUUGCCGGACAACGAUAAGCGCGAGUGGGUACGGUUCAAGCGGGGUAAGAAGAAGGUGACACUUCGUACCUUCACAGACUUCUUGUCCGAAAUAGUGUCGGAAGCAUGUGAGGCGAAUGUUAGUUUUGAAUACAAGUCUGCCAGCGAAGGACGUCUUGGCGCGGGAACGAGUAAGUCAAAAGGUGCAAUGUUCAACCACAGCGAAAUAGUUAGCCAGCCGAAUGAGCCGCCAACUGGUGGUGCAGAACGGAGAAAAGCGUGCAGAGUCUGCAAUCGGACCGAUCAUCGUCUACGUUACUGCCAGGACUUCAGAAAUUUAGGAUACCCGGACCGUAUGAAAGUCGUUGAACAGUGGAAACUGUGUCAAGUGUGUUUAAACGAACAUGGCACUGCACAAUGUAAGUUUAAGUUGCGUUGCAAUGUCGGUGAGUGUAGACAGGCACACAAUUCUCUUCUACAUCCUACGGAUAGUGUGAUCGGUACUAGUGCGCAUAUUCGAACCAAAAGCGUGAUGAUGUUUCGAAUGAUUCCGAUCCGACUGCACUGCGGAGAAAAAUCGAUCACUGUGCUAGCAUUCCUGGAUGAAGGCGCGUCGGUGACACUUGUUGAACGGAAGCUUGCGUACCGUUUAGGGAUAGUUGGUGUCCACGAGAAACUCACCAUUCAGUGGACAUCCGAUAUCGAGCGCGUCGAACGAGAUUCAACGAGGACAAAUGUAUGGGCAUCAGCCGUAGGAACAGAGGAGAAGAUGCUGCUGACUGCAGUCCACACUGUCAGCAAGUUGAUGCUGCCAGCGCAGACACUAGAUGCUAGGGAGCUUAGUCGACAAUACAGUCACCUUCGAGGAAUUCCUAUUUCCUCAUACAGUGGACGGCCGGAGAUGCUCAUCGGGUUGAAUAAUCUGCACUCUUUCGCCCCACUUGAGGCAAAAGUUGGUUCAAUCAUGGAACCAAUUGCUGUGAAGUGUCAACUCGGAUGGACGGUAUACGGACCAAAGCAAUCAUCAACAGCAGCAUCAGGAAGUGGAUACGUAAAUGUCCACCAGAAGAUAACGAAUGAAGAUCUCCACGAUCUCUUGAGGAACCAUUAUGCCGUAGAAGAGUCAGUGGUGACAGUUCAGCUCGAGUCUGCCGAAGAUAGGAGAGCUCGUGAAAUUUUGGAGCGUACUACGAAACGUGUCGGAGAGUGUUUCGAAACUGGCUUGUUAUGGAAGACCGACAAUCCUUCGUUUCCAGACAGCUACCCGAUGGCUCUACGUCGACUACAGCAGUUGGAGAGAAAGCUCGAGAAGAAUCCUAAUUUGCAAAAGAAUGUCAGCAAGCAGAUUGUAGAAUAUCAGGAGAAGGGAUACGCCCAUUUGGCCACUCAGGAUGAACUCGCUGCAACAGACCCGAAAAAGGUGUGGUAUCUUCCACUAAACGUUGUGCUGAAUCCAAACAAGCCUGGUAAAGUACGUCUCGUGUGGGAUGCUGCGGCUACUGUACAAGGCGUGUCUCUGAACAGUCAGUUGUUGAAGGGGCCCGAUAUGCUAGUUCCGUUGGUGGCCGUUAUCAUAGGAUUCCGGGAACAUCGAGUGGCCGUAGGUGGUGAUUUGCGCGAGAUGUACCACCAAAUCAAGAUCGUUGACCAGGAUAAACAGUUCCAGCGUUUCCUUUUUCGAGAUAAUCCUAAGGAAACCCCUCGUGUGUACGUCAUGGAUGUCGCAACAUUUGGGUCGACGAGUUCACCUUGUUCGGCGCAGUAUGUGAAGAACUGCAACGCAGAGGACUACGCUGAACUAUUCCCAGACGCAGCGGCUGCUAUUGUUAAACGCCAUUACGUCGACGACUACUUCGACAGCGUCGACACCAUUGAAGAAGCUAUAAGUCGCGCAGAAGAAGUGAAGUUUGUUCACCAAAAAGGAGGCUUCGAAAUAAGGAACUGGAUUUCAAACUCGACGGAAGUGCUCCACAGUCUAGGAGAGAAUGGAACGGUUUCAGCAGUCCACUUCACUGAAGACAAAACUACGGCGGAAGAGCGAGUACUUGGGAUGAUUUGGAAUCCGCAAGACGACGAGUUUUCCUUUUCAACGAAACACCGAGAGCAGCAUCUGCCAUACUUCAACGGAGAAAAACGACCGACAAAACGGGCGGUGCUAAACUGCGUUAUGGGGUUUUUUGACCCCUUAGGUCUACUGGCUCCCUUCACGAUUCAUGGCAGGAUCAUUGUUCAACAAUUAUGGCGUAGCGGCUGCGAAUGGGACGAAAUUAUCGACGACGAGUGUUGGGAAAUGUGGAUGCGUUGGAUCGACCUUUUGCCGCAGGUGGAGAGCAUCCGUAUUCCGAGGUGUUACCUUGGAAGUUACUCGUCCUCUGAAGUCCAAUCAGUUGAAGCACACAUCUUUACUGAUGCGAGCGAACAUGCGUAUGGAUGUGUCGCUUUCCUAAGAGUAGUCGUCGGAGGAGUUAUUCGCUGUUCCCUAGUCAUGUCCCGGUCAAAAGUAGCGCCGUUGAAGAAACAGUCAGUACCACGUCUAGAACUGAUGGCGGCCGUGCUUGGCGCCCGAAUGAGCCGAACGUUAGUAGAUACGCACUCAUUGAAAAUUAACCGCUGUGUACUGUGGACGGAUUCACGGACGGUGUGGAGUUGGAUCCGAUCUGACCAACAUCAAUAUAAACAGUUUGUUGCGUUCAGAAUUGGGGAGAUUUUGGAACUGACACGCGCAACGGACUGGCGAUGGGUACCAACCAAGCAAAAUCCCGCGGACAUGCUGACAAAGUGGCAACGAGGAGCACUGAAUAGUGACGGAGAAUGGUUCAAAGGGGCAUUAUUCCUAUAUGAAUCAGAAGAUCAAUGGCCGGUCAUCAAUAUACCUGUAGAGCAAACAAACGAAGAAGCUAGGGGUUUUGUGUCCUUUCACGGUGUUAUCGACGUCCAUCGAUGCUCUCGUUGGACGAAGCUCCUAAGAGUAACAGCAUACGUAGUCAGGUUUAUCGACAACUGCAAACACAAAGUAGCUGCCCAGCAGUCGGUAACAGUGAGAGCUUCAAAGAACCAACAGCGCGUGAUCGCUGCUCCGACUGUCCAGCGUCCACUAGAGAAGGAGGAGUUUCGUAAAGCAGAGGUCAUACUAUGGAGGCAGGCACAGCACGAAAGUUUCCCAGAUGAGAUGAGCAUUCUCUCGAAGAACAUUAACAAGAAAUCAGGAGAUGUUUUCGAGUUGGUGAAGAAAACGAGCUGCAUUUACAAGCUAUCGCCGAUGUUAGACGACAACGGAAUUCUUCGUAUGGGUGGUAGAAUGGAGAUGUCGGGAGAAAUGCCAUUCGACAAGAAGUUCCCGAUCAUUCUACCUAGGAAACAUGCGACAACAGAGAAGGUGAUCCAGUUCUACCAUGAGAAAUUCGGGCACGCCAAUCGAGAGACGGUAACAAACGAGCUUCGCCAGAGAUUCUGGAUUCCAAACGUACGCGCAGCGAUUCGGAAAGUUUUUGUCAACCCAGUCCUGUCUUAUGGCGAUCCGAAGGUUCAGCUGUCGGCGAGGUGUUCCGAGUGA